GGCAAAUGAUGCCUCCGUUAAGAGCAAAGGUCAAAGCCACCUGAGGGUCUUUGUGGAGACACCAAAAAGGAGGUAUUGUACGGAGUAAACGGCAUCUUCUGGUUGACUUUCUAUGGCCUUCAAUCUCACCAGCAAUGAACCCCAAACCUGAAUUAAUUGGCCUUGGUCGUGUUGGGUGUGUCAUGCGCCAUGGAGAAAUUGCAGUCAAGACCGCGAACAAAUGGCCAGUUCCUGACAAUGCGUCGGAAUAUACAACUAUUCUUCAUGAGCAGACGAACAGGACGAAUGAAGAGGCACUAAUACACGAAGGACGCAUUUAUGAACACCUGCAAUCUGUCGAAGGCGUCUUGAAGCCGCAUCAUAUUUCCGACACAGAAAUUCGGAUGCCGUAUAUAGGCCACAGGUCUCUCGACCGAUACAUGAGCGCAAAUAAAGCCAUCAUUGGUGAUGAGCAACGCCUGGCGUGGUUUCAGAAUGCUGCCGACAUUAUUUCCAGAGUACAUGGGCAGCGUGUCAUCGUUGCCGAUAUUGCAACACGGAAUUUCCUGGUCAACAAAGAUCUUUCGCUCCAGCUAUGUGAUUUCUCCGAAUCAGUUAUCAUACCAGAGGAUCGAGCUCUGGAUGAGUUCGUCUCGGAGGAUUUCCUCUCCGUCAAGUUCGACAUUGCUCGGUUUGGGUCGAUGAUGUAUGAGAUUGUGUCUGGCAGUCGAUACGAAUUCUAUGUCAACCCUGAUAUCGACAUGGACUUGGACGACGACGAAUCGAAGAUAUACAAGGAAUGGCCGACGAGCAAACGAUUUCCUGACACCAGCAAUGUAUUUCUGGGCGAUAUCAUUCGCAAGUGCUGGCUCAGGGAUGGGUUUCGCAGUAUGAAAGACGUUGAAGCCAGUUUGGACUGGCGUCACUAUCCCAUCAUCUUCCUUGGAGAAAACUUGUGGGCGUUCUCUCGCUAA